AUGGAUGAGAAAUCCGUUUUGAGAAAUCGCGAGAGGAGCUUCUACAAGCUUGAUCUCACCAAGAAUCUCCCUCCAGGAACCGAUAGCAUAAGUCAAUUUGAAGCUCAUCCACGACAACCAAGACCACCGGCAGAAUCCAAAAGGCCGGUCCCAGAAUGGCCACCGGAGGCAGAGAGGAAAGGGAAGUGGAUAUCGGCGUAUCUUGACCAGACCUUCAUCACCGGCUCCAGCUUCGCCAUCGCCAUGGGCUACACCUCGACCCUCAUCCUCUUGACGCAGACGCCGGCGGGCGCCUCAGCAGUCCACAGCACGGGCAAGCUCUUCCGCCGCGGUCAUCAGCGCUUCUACGAGACGCAGGACCGGCUCCUCGACUGGAUGUGGUACGGUAGCGCCUCCCCGCAGGCCGUCGAGGGCAUCGAGAGGGUCAAUAAGAUCCACGCCGGUGUGUGGAAGAAUGCGCCGGGGACGUUCAGCCACCCCUGGGAGGGCCAGAUGUCGCUCAUCGGGUCGGCGUACUUUGAGACGUACCUGAGGGACCUCGUCGGGGCGAGGGUCGGGGACAUACACCCCAAGCUGGCGGCGGCGUGGCCGGCGUGGGCCGAGAGGGCGUGUGCGCACUUUCGGUCGGAGCCAGAGGACGGGUCGAGGAGCUUUGGGGUGAAUUUCCCGAGGGACUGGAAGGAACUUGAGGCUUUUCACAAGUGGUAUCGGGAGCUGCCGUUUGAUAAGUAUCUCCAAUGGUUCGGCCGACAGCUGUUCCUCACCAUCGUACCACCCAAGGUCCGAGAACAACAGCGCACCGGUCACCCCAACCCUUUGGUGGCCAAGCUUGUCAAACUUCUCCUCAAGAUACAAAUCGACCUGGCUGACAUCAUGCCGGAUCCCGCGAGGCCUAUCUUGAGGGACGAGUACCAUACGAUCAAGAGUUGGGAAUGGUACAAGAUAGAUGCUCAAGUGGUUGAGAAUCGGAGAAAGCAGGCGUCGCUGAUCAGGACCUUACUCCUGGGGGUGCUACUGAUACUUAUUGCGAUUGUCCUUAUGAGGGGCUGGGCAGUGGGAGGUAAGCCGGGAACGGCAAUCCACGGGCUCAAGGUUAGUCCCUCAUGA